UCCAUCGGCUGUUUCAAUGGGUGCGCUGCUUGAUUAGUCAAGGACUAUUGCCAAUGCUUAUAUAAAUGUGUCUAUUUCAAAACAGGAUAUGAAAUCCAUGGUAUGGAGAAGAUCCCAGAUGAAGGAGCAGCUCUUAUAGUCUAUUAUCAUGGGGCCAUUCCCAUUGACUAUUAUUACUUUCUGGCAAAGGUCAUCAUUCAAAAGGGACGGAUUGUUCACUCAGUCGCUGAUUACUUUCUGUUCAAAGUUCCAGGGUUCAAGCUGCUGUUGGAGGUGUUCAGUGUCAUCCACGGGCCCCAGGAGGAGUGUGUGAAGGCCCUAAAAAGUGGCCACCUCCUGGGCAUCUCACCUGGAGGCGUGAGGGAAGCUCUCCUCAGUGACGAGACCUAUCCACUGCUCUGGGGGAAGAGAAAGGGCUUUGCACAAGUGGCUAUCGAUUCCAAAGUGGUACAUAUUGGUUUUUGUCUCCCGUCUUUGUUCUCACAGGAUGUGUCCCAAAUGGCACCCUAUUCCCUAUAUAGUGCACUACUUUUGCCUGGGAGGGUGGAGGUUCUGCUUUCCUCCUGGCCCCUCACUGAGAUCAAAUCAAACGCAGCCUUAGUGCUUUCAACAGUGGGAUCAUUCUUCUCCACCUGGAGUGAAUGUAGCUCUUCUUCAUCCAGAUUCUCAGGAGCUGCUUCCCAGUGGAUGGCAUUCUUCCUCAUCAACUUUGUCCCCUUCAAGAGAGAGAGCAUCGGGGCAACAUUAUCUUUUUCUUUCUUUUAG